CUACACAUACAUACACACACUUAAAUACGAAGCCAUUUAACCAUUUCUCCAUUCCCAACCAACAAUCAUUCUCUUGGUGGUAGUAGAUGAUUCCGGUGGACUUCCGUCGCUCUUCUGCGUAAACCAUCAAAACUUCAUAACACCCUAAAACCAUGGGGCAGGGUCGUAGUUGCAAAGUACAAGAUGAACAUGGAGAUUGUGAAUCUUGUUUUGGAGAGAAAUCCAUCUCUCUGACUCAACAAAAAACCGUUUAUGAUCAUCAUUCUGCUCCUCACAUAGUUGCUGCCAAUAAGCAGAUCGAGGCUCAUAAUUUAUCAUUUUUGGGUUUCUCUUUGAUCGAUUCGAUUGAUAGGAACCACCAUAAGCUGCUGCUGAUGGUUGUCGGUGGACAACCCAUAGAGGAAGCAAGUGGCGAUAGUCUUUAACUUGGAGUCAUAAAUCGAUAUGGUGUCAUGGGGUUGCAUACAGGUUUGUGAUUCAUCUUGGAAAUGACAAACGUCGGGACCAAAUCUAGUAGAAGCGGCGGUGCCACAGCCGUCUAAGAAGUCUUCCAGUUUUGGGUUACCGUCAGUAAGAACGGUAAGAACAUACAAGUCAUGAUGGGUGGUUGUUCCGUUGACAUCUCCUUCAUUUGAUGUUGGAACAUGAAGAAGUGAUCCUUAUGCAAUCCGAGAUGAAGACUUCCGAGGUAGCAAGCAUUUUGAAGUGAAGAUUGUUCCGAAGUGAAGACCAGUCCGAGAUAGAGUGUUAGUUUGGAAACAUUUUGUGUCUGUAAUGCAUUUAUUGUUGCAAGUACUAUUUUGUGUUGUUCUUAUUGUUUUAUAGUAUAGUACAAGAGACAAGAUCAACAACAACGGUUGUGUCAGUCUGUUGAUCUUCAGAAGUCUCGCAGUCCAUGCGCACUUUAUCAGAUUUGUCUUUUAGUCACUCCUUGACUGAUUAAGGAGAUGUCUUCCUUGUAUCAAGAGAGAGAUGUUCAGUCAAUCAUUCUCUCUUACAUUCUUGUUGUUCUUGAAUUAUUUUAUAUUGUUC